AUGGUAUGGCAAGAAAAGUGUCAAUUAUUAAUUGCUAUAAUUAAUAUGGUUGAAUGUGGAUUUAGAAAAUGUGAUCAAUAUUGGCCUGAAGAAAUUGAAGAAAAAAUUUUGAUAGAAAAUUUUUGUAUAAAAUUAGUGGCUGAACGUUCAAAUUCUGUUUUUACUCACAGAGUUUUAGAAAUUAAAAAUAAUUUGAUAGAAAAUGGAGAAGAAGAAAAUAUUAGAACAAUACAUCAAUUACAUUUUAUGGACUGGCCGGACAAAGGAGUCCCUUCAACCCCAUUUCCUUUGCUUCACUUUAUUAAUUAUGUUGCCGAUUUACAUUGUUCUUCACAAAAUCAAGAUGUUUCUUCUUCUACUCCCUGUGUAGUUCAUUGUAGUGCGGGUAUUGGAAGAUCCGGUUCAUUUAUUUUGGUGGACUCUUUGAGAAGACAUUUGGUUUGUUUGAGUCUUGAAAAAAUUUUCAAAAAAAUUCAAAAAAAAAUUUUUUUAAAGCUUUUUUGUGACCGUAUUGAUGUUAGCGAACAAUUAAAAAGGAUGAGAAAACAAAGAAUUCAAUUAGUCCAAACACUUGAACAAUUUGUAUUUUGCCAUGAGGUUCUUAAACAUUUGGUUUCGAAUGGGAUUACUAGACAACCUCGAACACAUUUUCCCAAUUAUUGCCAAUUUUUAUUUACCAAAUUAACACCAAAUGGACAAAGAAGAAUAUCAGCACAAGCCCAGACUCUAAUAUGCAACAAACACAUUGGGAAAGAAUUAAAUAAUAAUAAUAACAACAAUAUUUUCCCUAAUUUUAUUCCACUUGCUGGAUAUCAUAAAAAUGAAGAAUUUAUUAUUUUAAAUAAUAAUUUUAAAAAUUGGCAAGAUGACAUUUGGCAAAAAAUUUGGAUGGCCAAGUGCAAGGUGGGUAGGAUUUGUUUAAUUUUUUUGGUGGACGGUUGA